CUUUCGGCCAAUCGGAACGCAGAUGCCCUAGCGGGAGCUGGGUGUCGCGCGACUCGGGUGAUCUUGCGCAGAGCGUAGGUGGCGUUUGGCGCUUGCUCCUACUCCGCCAGUCUCUCUGCAGCCUCCGGGAGAUCUGCUCCGCUCUUCUAACCUCCGGCAUCAUGUGGAUGACACCUAAGAGAAGCAAAAUGGAUGUGGAGGAGGCUCGGGGGUUCCGGCCCGAGUGGACCCAGCGUUAUUUGGUGGUGGAGCCGCCCGAGGGCGAAGGGGCCCGCUGCCUGGUCUGCGCCCACCUCGUCGUAUCCGCUAGCGAACGCGACGUCAGGCGCCACUACGAGGCCGAGCACAGGUACUACCAGCGGUAUGUGGAGGAGGGCGAGCGGGAGGCCCUGGUGGAGCGCCUGCGGCAGGGCGACAUUCCCGAGAUGGUCCCGCCCACUCCCGAGGAGAGAGCGGCGCGGGCAGGCCUCGGCAUCGCCCGCCUCUUGGCCCUGAGGGGUCGCGGCGGGGGUGAGGGAGACUUUGUGUACCAGUGCCUGGAGGUGAUGCUGAAUGACGUGCUGCCGGACCACGUAGGCGUCUUGGGUGGCAUUGAUUUAUCCCCAGAGACCAUCCGGCAGAGGGUCCUGAACAUUAACGAGAACCUCCGCAGCCAGCUUUUUAACCGAGCCAAGGACUUUCGAGCCUAUUCCCUGGCCUUGGAUGACCAGGCCUUUGUGGCCUAUGAGAACUACCUCCUGGUUUUUGUCCGCGGCGUGGACGUGGACUUGGAGGUGCAGGAAGAGCUGCUGACCAUUAUCAACCUGACGAAUCACUUCAGUGUUGGUGCUCUCAUGGCGGCAAUCCUUGAGGCCCUGCAGACGGCCGGGCUUAGCCUGCAGCGGAUGGUGGGACUAACCACCACCCACACCCUGCGGAUGAUUGGUGAGAACUCUGGACUGGUGUCGUACAUGCGAGAAAAGGCUGUAAGCCCCAACUGUUGGAAUGUCAUCCAUUACUCGGGAUUCCUUCACUUGGAGCUGUUGAGCUCCUACGAUGUUGAUGUUAAUCAGGUCAUAAGUACCGUAUCGGACUGGAUACUGUUGAUUAAGACAAGAGGCAUCCGGCGACCCGAAUUCCAGGCUUUACUAACUUCAUCGGAGUCAGAGCACGGCGAAAGGGUUAAUGGACGGUGUCUGAACAAUUGGCUGAGAAGAGGGAAGACUUUAAAGCUAAUAUUUUCAUUAAGGAGAGAGAUCGAAGCGUUCUUGGCUUCGGUGGGGGCGACAACAGCCCAUUUCUCAGACCCAGAGUGGCUUUGUGAUUUUGGCUUCUUGGUGGAUAUUAUGAACCACCUCCGAGACCUCAGUGAACUACUGCGAUUCAAUAGAGUCUUUGCUGCUACUGCAUUUGACCAUAUUUGUAGCUUUGAUGCUAAGCUGAAUUUACUGCACAGACAUAUUGAGGAAAAAAAUCUCACACACUUUGCUGCCUUGAGAGAAGUCGUUGAUGAGCUUAAGCAGCAUAUUAAAGAAGAAGACAAAAUUCUUGAUCCGGGUAGGUACAAAGUGGUGAUCUGCCGCCUGCAAAAAGAAUUUGAUCGACAUUUCAAGGACCUCAAGUUCAUUAAAAAGGACUUAGAACUCUUUGCAAAUCCAUUUAACUUUAAAGCCGAGCAUGCACCUAUUGCAGUAAGGAUGGAGCUAACAAAACUUCAAGCAAAUUCUGACCUUUGGGAGGAAUACAGAAACAAAGACCUGGGACAGUUCUAUGCUGGAUUGUCUGCUGAAACUUACCCGAUUAUCAAAGGGGUUGCCUAUAAGGUGGCAUCCUUGUUUGAUAGCAGUGAAAUCUGCGAAAAGGCUUUUUCGUAUUUGGUUAGAAACCAGCACACUUUGAGCCAGCCGUUAACAGAUGAGCAUCUCCACGCCCUGUUUAGGAUCGCCACAACUGAAAUCGAGCCACACUGGGAUGCCCUUGUGAGAGCAAGAAAUCCUCCUAAUCCAUAAGCUUUUG